ACAUAAACGACACGGCGGCACGUCAGCUGUUUUCGGGUUAUCGGGUUUUGUCGUAGACUGUGAAAUUCUGUUGGGAGACAUAUUUCUCUCAGCUGUUCAGUGUUUUGGCUUCUGGCGUUAACAAUUUAUUAGUAAUGUCAGAAACUCAAGCACCUACCACGAGUACUGAAACAUCAAGUGUAGUAGAAAAUCUCGAUAAACAUGAAGAUUUCGUAGAACCAGAUGCAAAAAAGCGUAAGAUUUCUAAACCUGCAGAUGAUAAAACACAUAAGUUAGAAGACAGACUGGGUGGGAUUUUAUGUUGCGCAGUUUGUCUAGAUUUACCUCGGGCUGCUGUUUAUCAGUGCAGCAAUGGUCACUUAAUGUGUGCUGGGUGCUUCACUCAUAUUUUGGCUGAUGCAAGACUACGAGAUGAGACAGCCACAUGUCCCAGCUGUAGAGUAGAAAUUAGCAAAACAUCAGCUACACGCAAUUUAGCUGUUGAAAAUGCUGUCUCUGAACUGCCAUCUGAAUGUCAGUUUUGUAACAAGAAGUUCCCUAGAAAUUCGUUGGAAAGACAUGAAGAAUCAGAAUGUGAAGAGAGGAUUUCUCGUUGCAAGUUUGAUCGCAUAGGAUGCCCUUGGAGGGGCCCGGCUCAUGAAAGAAGUGCGCAUGAAAAUGAAUGCGUUCAUCCUCAUCGUUCUGGAGCUGAAAUUAUGGAAACCCUUAAAGCAUAUGAUCAGAAGUUACUAGAAGAACGAAAACUUUAUGAUUCAAUAUUUGAUCUUUUGGGAUAUGAAAAAAUUUCUUUUAAUGAUGUACAGCUCAAACCUUACAGGACAGAUGGUUUUGUACAUCGGUUAUUUUAUGAAUCAUCGAGGUUUACAGCAUUUAGUAAUCAGUGGGUAAUAAAGGCUGGAAUAACCAAUAAUCAGAAAGAUCCUACUCAGUGUUCCGAAAGAGAUAUAAGUUAUCAGGUAAUAGGAAAAUAA